GUGACCAUUAAUCGUUGACUUUUUUCUACAAAUCAUAAAGAUAUUGGCACCCUCUAUUUACUUUUUGGUGCCUGGGCAGGAAUAGUUGGUACUGCCCUUAGCCUAUUAAUUCGAGCUGAACUAAGUCAGCCUGGAGCAUUAAUAGGUGAUGACCAAAUCUAUAAUGUUAUUGUUACUGCACAUGCCUUUGUAAUAAUUUUCUUUAUAGUUAUACCUAUUAUAAUCGGAGGUUUUGGAAACUGAUUAAUCCCUUUAAUAAUUGGUGCACCUGAUAUAGCUUUCCCACGAAUAAAUAAUAUAAGUUUCUGAUUAUUACCUCCUUCCUUUCUUCUUCUUUUAGCCUCUGCAGGAGUUGAAGCUGGAGCAGGAACAGGUUGAACUGUCUAUCCACCACUAGCUGGUAACCUUGCACAUGCCGGAGCAUCCGUAGAUUUAACUAUCUUCUCCUUACAUUUAGCAGGUAUCUCAUCUAUCUUAGCUUCUAUUAAUUUUAUUACAACAAUUAUUAACAUAAAACCUCCAUCUAUCACGCAAUAUCAAACACCUUUAUUUGUAUGAUCAAUCCUUAUUACUACAAUUCUUCUUCUACUUUCCCUACCUGUCCUAGCUGCAGGUAUCACUAUACUACUUACUGAUCGUAAUCUUAAUACAACAUUCUUUGAUCCGGCUGGAGGAGGAGAUCCUAUUUUAUACCAACACUUAUUCUGAUUUUUCGGCCAUCCUGAAGUUUAUAUUUUAAUCCUACCUGGUUUCGGUAUAAUCUCUCAUGUAGUCACAUACUACUCAGGUAAAAAAGAACCCUUUGGUUAUAUAGGUAUAGUAUGAGCUAUAAUAGCAAUCGGACUUCUAGGUUUUAUUGUUUGAGCUCAUCAUAUAUUUACUGUCGGUAUAGAUGUUGAUACGCGAGCCUAUUUCACUUCUGCUACUAUAAUUAUUGCUAUCCCUACAGGUGUCAAAGUUUUCAGCUGAUUAGCCACACUUCAUGGUGGAAAUAUCAAAUGAGAUACCCCUAUAUUAUGAGCUCUUGGUUUUAUUUUCCUAUUUACAGUAGGCGGACUUACAGGAAUUGUCUUAGCUAAUUCUUCUUUAGAUAUCGUUCUUCAUGAUACCUACUAUGUAGUUGCUCAUUUUCAUUAUGUUCUCUCCAUAGGAGCUGUAUUCGCUAUUAUAGCUGGCCUUGUACACUGAUUUCCAUUAUUUACAGGCUAUACACUUCAUGAAACUUGAACUAAAAUUCAUUUUGGUCUUAUAUUUAUUGGAGUAAACUUAACAUUUUUCCCUCAACACUUUUUAGGUUUAGCUGGUAUACCACGACGAUAUUCUGAUUACCCUGAUGCUUAUACCUUAUGAAACUCAGUAUCAUCUAUUGGCUCUCUAAUAUCUUUACUUGCCGUUAUUCUAUUCUUAUUUAUUCUUUGAGAAGCCUUUGCUUCUAAACGAACUCUAUCUCAUGUUAUAAUAUCUUCUACUAAUAAUGAAUGACUUCACGGAUGCCCUCCACCUCAUCAUACAUUUGAAGAACCUGCUUUCGUUCAAAUUCAAGUAAACAAGAAAGGAAGG